AUGCCUCCAAAAAUAAAUAUUUUUGGUUGGCGUCUUAACAAUGGAAUUCUGCCAGUGUUCAGCAACCUAAGGAGGAGGGGAAUUGGUGUCCAGGACAGAUGCCCAAUAUGCAGGCAAGAAGAGGAAACAAUAAUGCAUGCGUUUAAAAGAUGUAGGCUGGCAAGUGAAAUCUGGAAAAUGGACUGCUGGGGGGAUGAAUGGACAAAUGCAGAGCAUGAAUGUGAGAAGAGGUGGCUGAGCAAUUUAUCUAAAAAGGGAGACAGAAACAGUUUGGAGGUGGGAUUAGUAACUUGCUGGGUGAUAUGGCACAACAAGGAUAUAAAGAAUAAGGUUCGUAGAACGGAUGAAGAAACCAUGGCGUAUGUAAGACAAUUUAUGGAGGAAUAUGAAAAAGCUCAAUCAAGGUCGGAUGUGCAAAUUAUACAGAAGAGUACAAGAUGGACAGCCCCAGAAGAAGGUUAUGCUAAGGUAAAUUUUGAUGGAGCACUUGAAGUGGAUGAUUGUGUUUGUGGGAUAGGGGUUGUAGUGAAGGAUGAGUUGGGCAAAGUGUUAAGGGCAUGCUCCAAUAGAGUAACACACGUCAGAGAUCCUAUAGUUGCAGAAGCCCGAGCAUUGUAUACGGCGAUGGAAUUCUCCAAGCAACUAGGCAUACAAUCAAUUAUUGUGGAAGGAGAUGCCUUGGAACUAGUGAAUCAGCUUAUAUCCGAAGAGGAGAAUCUGUUAAUAAUUGGAGAGCUCAUCCAGAAGGCAAAGACUUUGAAGCAAUGUUUCAUUCAGUUCGCAGCCACUCAUAUAAAGAGGGAAGGAAAUAAAGCUGCGACAGGAUAG